AUGUCUAAUGAAACAAUUAAUCAAAUUACAUAUCAUUUUAGUUCAAAUCAAUUGAAUUGGGAUGUAACACAUAUGUUUCAUUUAGAUUCACAAUCUGGUAUUUUAACUUUAAAACAAUCAUUAGAUUAUGAAAAGACUGGUCCAAUAAAAGAGAAAGAAAUAGAUACUUCGAAAUCAUUAUACCGUCCAAUAACAUCAACAAUGAAGAAAUCAUCACAAAUCAUUUAUUCUUCUACAGCUUUAAUUGAUAUCAUUGUUCUUGAUGUCAAUGAUAAUUCACCAAUUAUCUUAUUUGAAAAUGAUCAUAUACUAGAAAAUAAAUAUAAGAAUAUAACCAAUUCAAAUCAUGCCUUAAUUACAAUGAAUAAACCAUAUGAAAUAUGGAUUAAAGAAAAUAUACCUAAAUAUACACCGAUUGUAUUUUUUAAUGUCAUUGAUUAUGAUACCGGACAAAAUAGUCGUAUAUCAUGUCAAUUAUUAAAUUUUACAGAAAUAUUUCAUAUACAUCAAUUAUCUGAUUUAUAUAGAAUUGAAACUAAAUCAUUAUUAGAUCGUGAAUCUAUGGAUCAAUAUACUAUUAUCAUCAAAUGUAAUGAUAUGGGUGAACCAAUGUUAUAUAAUAUAAAAACUUUAAUUAUUCAUUUAAUUGAUGUAAAUGAUACACCACCUAGUUUCCCAUUAAAUAUUUAUCAUUAUCAUGUAUUAGAAAAUAGUUAUCCUGGUACACCAGUUCAACCAAUUAAUAAUCGAUAUCCAAUCAUGAAUUUAGCUAUAGAUCCUGAUUUGAAUAGUACAUUGAUUUAUCAUUUAGAAUCAAUCGAUAUAUUAAAUAAUCAAUCAAAUCAUCAUCAUCAUAAUAAAGAUAAUGAUUUCAUACAAUCAUCAUCAUCAUCAUUAUUAGAUUAUCAAUUAUUUUCAAUCAAUCCAAUCAAUGGUCAAAUAUUUACAAAAGGUGAAUUAGAUCGUGAAAAAAAAUCAUCAUUAAAAUUAUCUCUAUGUGUUCAUGAUCAAUUACAUUUAACUUGUACAAAAAUUUUAAUUGAUUUAGAUGAUAUCAAUGAUAAUCCACCACAAUUUGAGCAUAAUCAUUAUAUUAUACAUUUAGAUGAAAAUAAAUUAUAUACUAAACCAAUUAUUAUAUUUAUUGUAUCUGAUUUAGAUUCAAAUAAUAAAGGUUUUAAAUUUAAUAUGCUAUUUGAUUCAUCAAAUAAACCGCCACAAAUUAUUUCAAAAAAACAACAAAAUAAUAAUUCAUUAAAACAAUCAAAUAAUAUUGAACAUUUAAAUAUUUCACAAUUUGAUCAAUCAAUAAAUGAUCAUAAAAAUUUAAUUCAAAAAUAUUUUCUAUUAAAAGAGAAUGAAUUAUAUUUACAAAAUGUAUUAGAUAGAGAAGAAUGUGCAAAUUAUCAUUUUUAUAUACAAGUACAAGAUAUACAUUAUGAAUUAUAUAAUAAUAAUAAUAAUAAUACCAUACACAAUAUAAUUUAA